AUGGAAUUCAGUCCAGAAGAACUUGAUAUUAGUCCUCCUUGUUUUCUAGUGGACAACUCACAGGCUGAGGAAUCGCAGCAAGUUUGCCGAUCCGACAGUGAUCAACAUGUAUCGAUACUGAAGCGUUUACCAGUUUUUGCGAUGUCAGCGUCAAUUUGUUCGACGAACGAAUCUUUACGACGACAUCCAGUCGUUAGAAGCCGUCCUACAGGUAGCGGCGGAGGAGAACCAGGUGAUUCGAGAGGAGAACAGAGAAACUGCGGCCAGGAGCAAGGGGGAGGUGGCGGUUCUCGUGAACGUGGGACUGAUGGUGAUGCUGGAGGUAAUUCCAGAGGGGCAGGGGGUGGGUAUGGUGGAGGUGAUGGUGGAGAUGAUGGUGGUGGUGGUGAUGAUGAUGAUGAUAGGGAGGGUGAUGAUGACCAUGAAGAUGAUUCCCCCCCUGCUGAUGAACCAUCAUCCUCAUUAAGCAGUGAUCAAAUGCCAAGUUUGGUGCGUCCUGAGGCUGUUACUGGAAGCAGUCAGUGGAAAGGGCAGAAGUUCUCAGUGUCAGAGUUACACGCGCAGCAUUCUGCUGGUAGUGGAACUGAUAGCAAUCUGUUAAGUCCUGGUGAAGUGGUUCAAGAAGGAGGUAACCAUAGCCAGGCUUUCAGUGGCAUAGUUGGAGAGGGGGCUCAUGAUGCAGCCGAUGUGCAUGUAGUUUCAGGCUCAGGAAGUUUAAGUGAAGGAUCAACAGGGACAGUGGAAUGCCCAUCAGAAAAACGAUCAGAGAAAAAGUCUACAAGCUCUUCAAGUGAUGGUAAGAAAAAUCAGUCUGUUUCCACUCAGAAUGAAGGUGCACUGUACAUGUAAAAUGUUCCUUUGGUAUAGACAAAGAUAGCAAACAAACAAGAGCACAAAUCUGUAUUUGUCUGGGCAAGUUAGACUUAUUUAAGCAAAGGCAAGUCAAGAUUUCAGUUAAUAAUGUUAUUGCCGAACUAUCCAGUGGGCAAAUCAUGUUUAGAGCUGAUUACUUGUACCCUGUUAAUUGUAGGUCACAAGUCUGGACAAGGAUCAAGUGCUAGUAGCAGCAGUUACCAUGGCGAUCUGUCUAGCCUGUCAAGUGGUGGUAGCAUGGGACCAUCCCCUGAAGUGCGAAAACACCUCCCCCUCCUUUCCAUGCUUCGUACCCAGUCAACAAGUGACACUAGUUCAAGCAGUGCAGGAAGCAAAGAGGGUAAAGUGCGUGCAACAACGUCUGGGUACAGGAUUUGGUCAUUGGAAGAGAUUGAUGAACCUGAAGUAUGCUCAUCGCAAGAAGACAUGUUUGCUUCCCACGAAGUGAACAAGGAGCAAGACCAAGCACAGUCAGAUCUGUCACCGGAUGGUUCCCACAUUUUGCCACCUCAACACCACUCAACUCCCACUGAUGGUCACAGCAGUAAGGGAUGCCAUGGGCAUGCGCACGAAAAGUCACUGUAUCAACAAGUCUUAACAGCUAACCAGCGAACCUCAACACCUGUAGAAGGUCGUGAAUUCCUUCAGACUCCACCUUCUCAGGGUACUCCUAUUGAAUUUCAGAGCUUACACUUUUCAGGGGAAACAAGCACAAAAAAUACAUCAUCAUCAACAUCAGAAAAGGUUGAACCAUCACCAGAGGAACGCAGCUCAAUACCAAUGUUGACUCCCUCCUCUCCAACAGCAGUUGCAGAAGAGGGAGCAGCAAGCACAAGGUAAAAUAACUGCUAGAACAAUAACUUCUUGUUCUUUGCACAUAUUUACAAUUUAACUAUUAUUAUCAACUUUUCAGUAAUAGUAUAACUGCAUUCACAAGCAGUUUUUAAGUGCUAUGAAGUCUGGGGCUAUUCAUUAUCUGAUUAUUAGUAAAAUUCGAUUAGUGUUUUAUUAUCAAUGCUGUGUUCUGAUUGAUCGAGCUACUACUAGGCUAUAUGUUAUAGCCCACUAGUAGCGAAAAGCACCAGCUUUGAAAACCAAAACAACGGUGGCUGAAUCGCGUUUUGCUAGCUUAAGUUGUUUUGUCUCGAUAUUUUUGACCAACUAGUUGGAUUUUCCUAAAUCAAUUAUUCCUCUUGCCCUCAUGACCUCUGAAUCAAUAGCCCAUAUCAAAAACUUCAAAAACAAAAACAUCAUCAAAAACAAAACUCGCUUUGAGUUUUAGCUUUGGAAAGGUGAUUCAGAUAAUUGUAUUAAAAGAUGACGAAAAAAUGACAGUGCAAGUUUUUAAAAACAUUGUUGGUUUAGUAAGAUAGCCAGUUCAGUAAGGCUUAAUUUGACAUGGGUUUUAGGUAACCAGAAUGCAAUACAUCACUUGCACAUGAGGCACCCCUGUAGGUACAGAAGUAUCUGAUAACCUAUCCAAUAUCAUAGGCCAUGUAAAGGUAAAGUGUAAUAUUUGUACAAAUUCACCUGAAAGAGUCUCCCAACAACAAUGCGAUACUCGUUGAUUUUUAUCUUAAGUCUUUCAUUGUUUAUGCUAAUCACUGAUGGGAAGGGGACAUAGAUCUUUAAACCUAAUUCUUUUAGUUUUUCUGUAAGGCCAUAAAAUAUUUCUUAUAUUGUACAAUGAAAAAAAGCAAAAAAAACCUAGCAGACAAGAUACAGGAAGCUAGUCUUAAAUUUGGAUUUUUAUUAUCCCUUGCUUAGAGCCAAACAUGGUCAUGAGGUAACUGCAAAAGAGACGUCAUCUUCCUCAUCAGAAAAACUUUCUGUUUCAUCAGAAGAACAAAGUUCAGUUUCAGCACCACAUGUAAUUCCAUCCUCACCGAGAGAAGUUGGUGAUAAGAAACCUAGCGGGUAAGAAAUCUGUUCAGUGCAAAGUGAUGAGUAAAACAGUUGGUUAGCAGACAAGGGAAAGUUUAUAAAGCACCCCCUGCCUAUGAAUAGAUUUGUCAUUAACCCAUUCGCCCCUGGAGAUUUUGCUGAAAAUGCAUUUUGAAGUUAGUCAAGCGGUUUUCUGGUCACUGUUGUGCUAUAAAGAGAUAAAACUUACCACAAAGCCGUUACAGGUCCUACACUUCGUGGCCAUUUGAUCCAGAUGCAAAAUAUUAGUUUGCAAAGUUCAGGCUUGCGCAGGAAGCAAAAUUUCGGGAUUUUUUUAGGGUUUAGAAGUAACACAUCAGUCUUGACUUUUACUUUUCGCUUUCUCUCCUCCCCUCUUUUUUCGCUUUUCUUGCCAAAUUUUUGUUCUCUUGCUGGGCAUUUAGUAGGGAAAAGUUUUUAGGAAAGCUUUUAGGAUCUUAAGAUUAGAUGAAAGGAAAGUUAGGUGGGUAGUGGAAAAAGAUUUUCAUGCAAAUUUUCAGGUCAAUGCUACAUGGUUUUUUGCCUUUUUCUCUGGUGUCCUUGACCGAAUUUUGCUCAUUCUGGUAUGGUUUGAAAGAUCUCUUCACUCUGCACAACUUAGCGGACAAAGUUGUCCUUGACCAUUAAAACUGAUGAGGUCAUAAGCACUUAUGUCCAGAAAUGCAUGCAAUGGCGAAAAUGGCGAAACUGGCGAAAAAUCGCCAGCCGCUGGCAAUUUGAAUUGGAUGCCAAAAGUGGCCCCUUGGAGGCUGGCGAUUUUGGCAAAAAUGGCGAUUUUGGCGAAAUUGGCGAUUUUGGCAAAAAUUGCCAUGCAUGCAAUGGCGAAAAUGGGGAAAAAUCACCAGCCUCUGGCAAUUUGAAUUGGAUGCCAAAAGUGGCCCCUUGGAGGCUGGCGAUUUUGGCGAAAAUGGCGAUUUUGGCGAAAUUGGCAAUUUUGGCAAAAAUCGCCAUGCAUGCAAUGGUGAAAAUGGUGAAACUGGCGAAAAAUCACCAGCCUCUGGCGAUUUGAAUUGGAUGCCAAAAGUGGCCCCUUGGAGGCUGGCGAUUUUGGCGAAAUUGGCAAUUUUGGCAAAAAUCGCCAUGCAUGCAAUGGCGAAAAUGGCGAAACUGGCGAAAAAUCACCAGCCUCUGGCGAUUUGAAUUGGAUGCCAAAAGUGGCCCCUUGGAGGCUGGCGAUUUUGGCGAAAAUGGCGAUUUUGGCGAAAAUGGCGAUUUUGGUGAAAUUGGUAAUUUUGGCAAAAAUCGCUUGAGGGCUGGCGAUAUGUGGCAAAAUAUUCAAAUUGGAUGCCAAAAGUGGCCCCUUCAAAGUAGAUAACUAAAGAGGUCCUUAUAACUGUGAGGCAACAGUACUAAAAAAAAGUUCAAAUUACUUGCCUAAUAAGAGGCCCCAAUAACUGUGAGGCAACAUUUAUCAAAUACAACUGAAUCAAAUAUAUGACAAAACAGCUUUACCUAACUGUCAAACAACAUUAUUUUAUCAAAUACAACUGAAUCAAAUAUAUCUGAAAACAACAAAUGCAAGUCGUUUCAGUUAAGCUAAUAUGUAUUUGUGCCAUGUACUUCACAGGUUAAGUAAACAUUUCCUUACUUUCGAUGUCGCUUGACUUACCAAAAGUGAUGUGAUGCGCUGAAAUAUCACACUAGCAUCAUUUGCUUUUGUAUGGUUCAUUCCUUUCAAAGACUUACAAGUCCACUAAUUACUCGAGGAGAGAACUACCAAGUCCUUGAAAUCAUAAUAAUUCCUUGCCAUGGACACUCUAACUUUUGAGGUUCGAUGUAGACCUUAACAAUCCUCACUGGUUACAAUUCUCUUCACAUUGGUUCCAUUAAAUUGUGAGGCAGCCUUAAAUCAAAAGCGAUUGCGAAACGCAUGGUUCCUGGCUAAAAGAUGCUUUCACGAUAACCAGCUAGUGUGUGCCCUUCAUUCUUUUUUGGUUCUCCACUAUACACAUUAUCUUCUUUCGUCGUUUUAAACUCUUCACUUUCUUCUCGCACUUACUUCCUUUGCUCUUUAGAGAAACGGUCCCCUAAAAGUAACGAAAGCCGAAAUGUCCAGCAGCUUAUGCGUGCGCCAUUUUGAAAUGUGUGAUUUCGCUUAUUUCCACUUUAUGUAAACCUGCACGAAAUGUCACUUGUGCCCAAUACUUCACCGCAUUUAUUGAACAUAAACAUUGGAUCAAAGCAAUAACUUGUUUGUCUCUUUCAUAAAACAUAUCCCAUUCAAACUAAUUCUGUAUCUUUUCAUCAACUAGAUAUAUAAAAAGAGAGUGUACAUGUUUGUCUCGUUCUUCAAAAAUGUGUCCCAUUAUUGCUUUUAUGAGGUGGGGCCAGAAAUUUAGAAAAUGUAUUGUUUUUUUUGCGCUGAGACCACCAAACCAAUUCUCAGUACAAUAUGUUUCCAUUAAAUUGCUAAUGCUAAUGCUCGUCGAAACACGUCACCCGGCCUUUUUACCUUCUAUUUUAACAAUUGCCUGAGAGUCCCUGUGAACGACAUUAAUCGUUUUGCUUACAUAGAGGAGCUAUAAACAUAGAGUGACCACCAAAGUCAGCUGGGAAUGACACUAAUCGUUUCUACUUACAUAGAGUAGUUAUCCAAAAUCGACUAUUUCAACAUGGUCGCCGCGUCUGUAUAACAACAUACUAAACCUUAUACGUUCAUGUUCUGUGAAACUGCAAUGAACCAGCUCGCUUUUAUAUAUACUUAUGCGAUUGAACGCCAUUAUAACAAACAGGAUGGAUGUACAAGGCAAUACGGACCAUCUAAUUAUCUGACUCGUAGCCAAGAACCAACCUCCUCAUAACAUAUAAUGUUGAACUGUCGCUAUUCAAACAAUGCCUACAAGCCUGGAAAAUUAAGGAUACCUAUCUUGGAUUUUUGGUAAGAAAGUUGCCAUGAACAUUACGAAGAUUACCAUUUACUGAUAAUUGAAUACAACUCGUUGGCCAUUCGAUUUGAAUUGAGCAAGAAAUUAGUUAUAAGUGGUAAUUCCCGACCGAACACUCUUGUGUGGGACUUAAUUUCAAAUCACAAGAGGUUAUCAAUUAAAGGUAAAAGCAUUAAAACAGAUUAAUGACACUUAGUGUCAUUAUUAGUAUACAAUUAUACUACUGGAAACAUUUUUAUAGUAAUAUGUGGUUAACUAUUUGGCAAUUAAUAGCCAUUUCAAAAGGGACCCUUUGUUAUGUCAUUUCAAUUUGUCUUGACAAAUUAGGUAUUUCAUCGAGUAAUUGCCAUUUCUGCCAAAACACGUUUUAAGAACGAGGCCAACAUGCACUCUAUUUUUUUUUAUUUGUGGUUGAUGAAAAGAUACAGAAUUAGUGCACGCCAUUUUCGCCAAAAUCCUCACUUUCCAAAGGGCCCCUUUGCCAUCUCAUUUGAAUUUUUGUUUUACAGUUUGGCGAUUUUGGCGAUUAAUUGCCAUUUCUGCCAUUUUCGCCAAAUACGCCAUUUUUCGCUGAAAUCGCCACUUUGCAAAGGGCCCCUUUGCCAUCUCAUUUGAAUUUUUGUUGACAGUUUGGCGAUUUGGUGAUUAAUUGCCAUUUCUGCCAUUUUCGCCAAAAUCGCCAUUUUCGCCGAAAUCGCCACUUUCAAAGGGCCCUUUGCCAUCUCAUUUGAAUUUUUGUUUACAGUUUGGCGAUUUUGGCGAUUAGCGCCAUUUCUGCCAUUUUCGCCAAAUCGCCAUUUUUCGCGAAAUCGCCACUUUGCAAAGGGCCCUUUGCCAUCUCAUUUGAAUUUUUGUUUACAGUUUGGCGAUUUUGGCGAUUAAGCGCCAUUUCUGCCAUUUUCGCCAAAUACGCCAUUUCGCGCGAAAUCGCCACUUUGCAAAGGGCCCCUUUGCCAUCUCAUUUGAAUUUUUGUUUAUAGUUUGGCGAUUUUGGCGAUUAAUUGCCAUUUCUGCCAUUUUAGCCAAUACGCCAUUUUCGCCGAAAUCGCCACUUUCCAAAGGACCCUUUGCCAUCUCAUUUGAAUUUCUGUUUACAGUUUGGUGAUUUUGGCGAUUAAGCGCCAUUUCUGCCAUUUUCGCCAAAUACGCCAUUUUAGCGAAAUCGCCACUUUGCAAAGGGCCCCUUUGCCAUCUCAUUUGAAUUUUUGUUUAUAGUUUGGCAAUUUUGGCGAUUAAUUGCCAUUUCUGCCAUUUUCGCCAAAUACGCCAUUUUCGCCGAAAUCGCCACUUUGCAAAGGGCCCUUUGCCAUCUCAUUUGAAUUUUUGUUUAUAGUUUGGCGAUUUUGGCGAUUAAAAUUGCCAUUUCUGCCAUUUUAAGCCAAAUACGCCAUUUUUCGCGAAAUCGCCACUUUCCAAAGGACCCCUUUGCCAUCUCAUUUGAAUUUCUGUUUACAGUUUGGCGAUUUUGGCGAUUAAGCGCCAUUUCUGCCAUUUUCGCCAAAUACGCCAUUUUCGCCGAAAUCGCCACUUUGCAAAGGGCCCCUUUGCCAUCUCAUUUGAAUUUUUGUUUAUAGUUUGGCGAUUUUGGCGAUUAAUUGCCAUUUCUGCCAUUUUCGCCAAGGCGUGCAUUUCUGGACAUAUCUCGUCAUAAGCAGUAGAAAGGACAUAGAUCUGCACGGGUGUUUACAGGCAGCUCAGGGGUGAAUGGGUUAAGGUACAUAUAUUAAUAAUAAUUUGGGGUAGAUAUGUUGUUCAAUAAAAAUCUUUCCUAAAGUUAAAAUGAUGAGUAUUCAACACACUUGCAGUGUUAUGGUUCAGUCAAUUCCAAAUGUGUUAGCGGAAGUGUGAGACAUGUUAGAGGAGGGAAAAGAGACAAAUGCCUUUGGCCUGUAGACAGAUUAUUGUUCUUUUUUCCCAAACAUUGUUCUUUUUUUUCCUUUUAUUCACUGCUUGAUUGACAUCAUUUUUACCUAAAACAGUCCAUGGUAAUGGGAUGCAAUAACUUUCUGGCUUUUUGGGUAAGCCAAAAACCUCUCUUUAAGGCCAGAAAAUGUCAGUUAAUGUAUUCUGGUGUAUACAUCUUAUGUUACAGGUCAAAAUUAUAUUCAGGUUUAAAAUGUUUUUAACCUAGGUUGAUUCUCUAUUUCUUUUGUCUCCUAGCCCUAAUUAUUCAUGAAUUAGGGCUAGGAGACAAGGCUAUACAAAUUUUAACCUGUAUAUAAUUUUGACCUGUAACAUAUACAUAAUAAAUUGCCAAAAAAAAAAAAAAGAAAAAGAAAAAAAAGCUAUCAGACAGGAUACUGCAAGCUGUUCUUCAAUUUGGAUUCUUCUUAUUCCUUGCUUAGAACCAAACAAGGUAAUGAGGUAACUGCAAAAGAGACGUCAUCUUCCUCAUCCGGAAAGCUAUCUCUUUCAUCAGAGGAACACAGUUCAGUUUCAGCACCACAUGUAAUUCCUUCGUCUCCAGUUGACGAUAAGCCAGAAGUCAAGGAGAAACCAAGUGGGUAAGUGAGUGCAAAGUUGUUUGUAAACAGUUGUUUAGCUGAUGAGGAUGAGUUUAUUUACCCCAAGGGAUUUGUCAAUACUGGAAGGGUACAGGUAUGGGGUGGAUAUGUACGUCCAUAUAUUCAUACUUUUUGUUAUGUACGUCAAUUAAAAUAAUAAAAGGCAGCUAAUAGCUGAUGUGGACCAACAAACGAACGUAAAGUUACAAAAAUAAAUAAAUGAAAUAUGUACAAAACAAUAACAGUAUAAAAGAAAUAAAAGCACCAUAUGUGACCGUGCACGGGAAAACGUACCUUAACGCUUAUCCGUUAAAUGCUCUCUAACGGACGGAUAGCUAACGGAUUGUUAACGGCCUUCACAGCAUUCUAACGUUUUGUCCUAACGUUCUAACGGUUAUCUAGUUGUUCCUAAUGGAUGAUCAAAAUGUCCUAACGCUUUCUCCUAACAGUCUAACGGCUAACUAAGUAUGUCUAACGGAUGAAGAAAACAUUCUAACGGUUACGCAGUUUGUUCUAACGGAUGACUGGAGCCGUUUAACGGUUGUCUAACGCUCUACAUACAGUACUUAAGAAAAAUUAUGUUAAGUCACAAUCUUUACUUUAAUACAAGUAAUUUAAAAUGUCUUUAUUUGUUCCUUGAAUUCUGUUGAAUGUCAUUCUAUCAAGAAUGUCAUGGUUUGUUUUUAAAGCAGCUUUAAAAGCCUCAAGGCUUGGUUUGUUCUUCAAAGAUACUGGCAGAUUGUUCUAUAAUAUAGAAGCUCCGUGAGAGAAACAAGAACGGAAAGAAUCACUAUUAGGACGUUGCACAUGACGUUUAAGGUUGUCUCUUUGACUUGUUGAUGAAAAUGUUUAGUGAAAAGAGAGUUUAUACCAUUGGGUGCUCUAUUGUAAAAUGCUUGAAAGGUUAUGCAUAUGCCAUUCUCUUCUUAUAAAUGUGCAAUAGAGUUACCGCAAGAACAUUGACAUCACGAGUGGAGUCUUUGAUGUUAAAAAUAAAUCUAGCUGCUCUAAUGUGAAUCUUUUCAAGGGCUUUGAGCGAGUUGGGGGACCCCCAAAGAGAGAUAGAGUAGGUUAUAGUUGGAAGUAUACCGUUAAAGUAGAUUUAUUCUAGAAUGCGAUAAUCAAAGCCUUUUAAACGCUUUAGUUUCUUUAGUCUUGCAGAAAAACAUUUACACAAUGACUUUUUAUGGGGUUACCAAGAAAGCUUGUUGUCGAGUUGGACACCUAGACAGGUUGCAUAGAUAGUCUAUAAGCCAUUCGUAAAAGGUACCGGAAAUGCUAGUGGCGCUCAGUUUGUCUGUAAGAAUUCCAUGAUUAACGCAAUCAAAAGCUUUUUGAAAGUCAAUAAAAACUACGCCAAUAAUUUUUCGUUGGUCUAGGGCUAAAAGCCAUCGCUCCAUUAUUGAAAGUAUCAGAGAUGCAGGUUAUCCUCCUUUCUUGAAGCCCCUUCAUCAUACAAGAAGCUGUCAAGUUUUUUAAAAUCACAUCUUCCAUCAGUUUUCUUGGAAUGCUGAGGAGUGAAAUAGGCCUGUGGUUACCACAGUCAAGGUGCUCCCUUCUUUGUGAAUGCACUUGACUGGUGCUUUUUUCCACUGAUUUGGAAAUUUACAUAAUACUUCUCUGGGCGAGAUACAUCAGUGAAACCAUCAAGAAAAACAUCCCCUAUAAGGCGAAGGUUUUUGCUGGAUAUAUUAUCAGGGCCAAUCGGGUUGCCAAUUUUUAAACGUUUUUAAAAAGGAUGAAUUCAAAAUGUCUUUGUCAAGAGCUAUCGAAGAAAGAGUAGGCGUGUCUUGGUUAUUUCGAACAAUCUGAUUUGUAGGGCUAGAUGCAGCUUGAUGUGAUGGUUGCGCGAGAGUUUUCCAGUAUUGACGUAGAAAGAGUUUAGAGUGUUAGCCUUUGAUGUAUCAUCUGUAUAUAUAACUCUGUCUUUAUCUUUUACUGGAUCAAUUUUGGAGGAUACGUCCCUUUCUUCAAAAGAUCUAACUGUUCUCCAAAAAUCUUUGCUAGAAUUUGCGUCAUUAAAUUUAGUAAGCCAAUAUUUUGAUUCAGCUGAUCUGAGAAGUUUGGCACAAUGGUUUCUCACCUUUUUAUAAUCUAGGCAUGCUUCGGAGCCUUUUGGUGUUCUUUGUGCUUUAAUGAGUAAAUUAUAGCGUUUGUUUAGUUCUUUGCGAAUGGAAGAGUUCAUGCAGGGCAAGCUUCCACUUCUUAUCUUUACCGGACUCGGGAGUGAAAGUGGGAUUUUACAAUAUUCUUGUAGCGUCAUCUAAUUCGUCGAAGAUAUUACUAAUACACCAUGGGGCAUCGAGAAAGUCUGUUCUCACAGAGUCAAGAUCGGUUUUUUGUAGUCGUAAACAGUCUUCAAUGUUGGCUUCUGGCGUUUUCUUUUAAGAUCGACAACUGCAUAAAUUAAAUUGUGAUCUGAAAUGCCUAAACUGUAAACUCCAUCGUGAUCUAUCUUUGAGGUGUUAGAAGAGAUAAUGAGAUCAGUCAAUGAAGUCGAGGUGUCAGUGACUCUGGUGGGUUGGUCAAUCACAUUCUUGAGAUUAAAUUUACUCAAACGUGUUAGGUCAGUGUUGGAUUUGAAGAAUUUGUAUCCUGAUUUCCAGGUAGAAGGUUAAAAUUGAAAUCCCCCGGUAAAAAUCGAUCAACAGUGGAGUAAAACUUGCUAAGAAACAAUUUAUUAUCGGGUGGACAAUAAAUGGAGUCAAUUAAAGCUUCUGUGGUGAUACAGUAAUAUCGAUCCAAGCGGCUUCCAGAGAAUAACGUUCAUAUACAUUUAAAUGCUCAACAAAGUAAAUAAUUGAACUGCCACCUUUACGACUGUUGUUUGGAUCGCAUGUGGCAAUUUUGUAUCCCGCGAUACCAAUUUCAUUAUUUGAGAUACUUUGAUUCAGAGGGGAUUCCGUUAUGGCUAAGAUGUUAAACUGUAGCAAAGAUAGCAGAGCUUUUAUAUUCAGCAAUUUGCUUAAGUAAAGUCCGUUUACAUUAAUGUGAGCGAUUUUUAGACCAGAUCGCUGAAGGUCCUUUUUAAGUAAUGGAUAGAGGUCUUCUGAAGUUUAAGGGCUGCUCUGCUUCGUUGACAGUAGUCUGCUACACAGCCGUUUUUAGUGUCGUCACGCAAUGCUCCUCCGUUGCGUGACGACACUAAAGACGGCUGUGUAGCAGACUACGUUGACAGUGGAUGUGAAGAUAUCUCUUGGGAUACAAUAAUCGUGCAAUGGAAAUUCGGACGAUAAACAAGUGCUACAAAUCCAUGCUCUAGUUGUUGAUGAUCGAAAUCGGUCGCGGCAGUAUUAGCUCCGCCGGUAGAGCGUGUGACUGCAGUGCGGUAGGUCGCGGGUUCGAUUCCUUGGGCCUGGAUUCCUCAGGGUCUUAAAAUACAUGUAUCUGAGAAAGGAGGUACUCCUUUUGCACUGUAAGCGGCAAGACCUUCGCGUGGCUCGGAAGACCACGUAAAAUGGCGGUCCCGUCUGCUUCGUAAAUUGGUGUCCCAAUUAGUACUUUCGUGCUUAAUACUUUGACACUCAAAUAAAGUGCAUUUAUUUUCGAGUGGUUUCACGUUGGAGCAAGUCCACAUUGUCUUUUAUUGUACAUGCUAUGAAAGGAACUGGUGUUGGAUUCAAGACGCCUUCCAACAGUGUAAUUUGAGACAGAUCUGAAUUGUUGUUUAAUGACAUUGGACAAUAAGCUAUUGUUAAAGGGACAGGUUCAUGGUUUAGCGCAUGCUCGUUAAUCAAAAUGCUAUUUUUAAGCCGGGACAUGUUGUAUCGUCUAUGAAAGCAAUAUGAUCAUGUCAUAAUGUUGUCAAAGAACCAAUCUGCUCACUCCUCUUGCAGUCACUUGAUCAAGUUAGGUGCAAUUACCUGUAAAUUAAUCAACCAUGGAGUAAAACCUUCGGGUCAACAAUAAAUUCAACGUUGGUAGUGUUGGCAUAAUCCACUAAUUUUUCUGCGAUUUUAGUACUCCUCCAUCCCACUUCAGGUUACUCUGAAAUACUUUGGAAUACACUCUGAGAUAGCUGAGAUACAUGACUUUGUGAGUGGGAUUGUUAACAGGUAGAAUUAAUAACAAAUUGGAAAAAAGUAAUUUAAUUAAUGAGCUUGCGCUGAACCGUGAACCUGUCCCGUUAAGAAGCAAUUCCUCAGGGCUGCAAAUACCCGGUAACAGUUGGUCAUCGGACAAUGGUCGACCAAAAUUUGCUAGUGUCCGACGAAUCUUACCUGUGUUUGGACAUUAUGUCCGAGGAAACUUUUUAUCGUAAAUCAUUUUACGGUAAGGAAGAAUAAAAAUCUACCUUGAGAAAAGCUUACUUUUUGUUAGGACGAUCUCAAAGUCACAAAACAACAUUGACUUGCUGGGUAAAUAUGUCGUUCACUUCAAAGGAACUGAUUGCUGUGUUGAUAGUUUUUAUCAAACCUCUCCACUUAAGUGAAAGUGAAAUGGUAUAUUUUACUAUUAGUCAUAAUAAGUAAUAGAAACAAGCAACUGGUCCGAUCUCGAGGAUGUAAUACUAGAGCUUGGUAAUUUUAAGAAUAUAAAGUUCAACCUUUCGUUUGGUAAUGUCCGACCAAUUUUUUUUCCGACCAAGAUGGUGUCUUAGUAGGACAUAUGUCCUUUCAAGAGAAAAAGAAUUAUUUGCAGCCCUGAUACGUACAAUAGUCAUAAAAAUAAAUUUUGUUGUAAUACUAGACUAACAUUGAGGAUUUUUCAUGUCAAGCCUUCUCAACCCACUUAUAUCUAACUUUUCCCUGUGUGUUUAUUUAGACUUGCUUUAUUUGCUAUUGAUUAAUACACUGUACUUGAAUCAGCAUUGGGAAGGGCAAUAACUUGACAAUAUUGAGUUUCAAAAAAACCUGAAAAGUUUUGUAGGAUAUGUCUUAUCUAAAGGGCCAUUCUUGAAUCCUGUCCCUGACUAUUUUCAUUUCUUGUAUUGCCCAUGUUAAAAAUGCAUGAGAAUAAUGUUUCUGCUUAAUAUUCAGCUGGUAUUCGUCUAUGACACAUUUUUCAUUUCUUUUUCCACAAUUGAUUGUAAUAAUAUGCGUACUAUAGCAAGGAGGAAAAGAGUGAAAGACCUAAGAGAACAAUAAGUGAUCAUGAAGAGAAGGAAGGACAAUCAGAGAUGGCAAGAGCGGCUGCAGAAUUGGUGGAGUUAUUUGAUUUAUCUCAAGAAAAGCAAGCAGAAAAGACAACAUCCCAUCCUGUUAAUAUACAGCAAGAAAUGUCAGUUGAUGAUGAAGUAACAUUACCUCGCUGGCAACUAGUACAGAAUGUUCCUCAGGAAGAUGUUGCUUCAAAGGGUAAAAAGUCUUCAUCAUCAACAUCAUCCUCUUCAAAUUCAAGCUCCUUAGAAAAGCCUUCAUCUAAAAAUACUGUUGAAGAUGGCUCACAGCCAGCUGAAAUACAGCAAUGGCAGUCAUUGAUUAGUGCUGUAGGCUCUUCAAGUUCCAGCUUUCAUGGCCAAAGAAUGGAAGCUACUGACAAUGUCUCUACCAGCAAGAAAGAACAACAUGUGCAAAAUGUAGACAUGAGCUUCUUAGAAAGAGAAGAAGAUCCUCCCCUUAUAUCGAAGGCAGUAUGCCCAAAGGAGACUACACAGGAAGACCAAUCAGUAUCUCCAUCAUCGUUGGUUAUAGACCCCUCUAAUGAGCUUAAUGUAACUACAAAGGCGUCUGAAAAAGACCCACUUGUGGCCCCAGGUCCCACACAGCCUGACAUGAGUGACGACAUGUUCCGCCCCAGCAUAACUCAAGAAAGUGCAGGACCCCAGCGUGGUGUUUCAGGUAGGAUUACUUGUAAUACUGAUUUAAUUUCUACAGAAAGGGAAUUUAAUAAAAUGAUGUCAUUAAGAGUCUUGAAAAUAUUUUGGGGUAAAGUUGCAGUGUUUGACCGGGGAACAAAGGCUAUUAAAUGAAUGGGUGCCUGGAAAAAAAAAAAACAAUGACUAAUGACGUAUGAUAAGUUGCUUUAUUAUUAUACAAAUUACCUUGCUUUUUUUUGUGUGAACAAAGGGAGAAUUUGAUAUAAGAACAAGAGUCAUAAAGAGCCUUAUCCCACACACUCCUGUAGUCUUUCAGUUUGUAGGGAGGUUCAGAUAGACAAGAGCUAAGGAAAUCAAACAUAUACUUUGAUUUUUUUGUUCCAUACGUUGAUUGGCCUUAGAUGCAGCCUGCAGAGCGGGCGCUUUUUAACGGAAACCCUGAGGUACAUUGAUCGCGGCCGCCAUCUUGAAAAGCACAAAAAGAGACUAACGGAGGAGGGGCGGACAAGAGAGAAGAAAAUCGCCUGCCAGCUAGCCUGCGAGCAAGCUCUCCUAUUUGGGCGAGUGAAGCGAGUCUCGCGAGAACGCGCGAGCGGCGAAACCGCGAGGGGCCGGCCUCGCGAGGCUCACUUCGCUUACCCAAAUAGGAGAGCUUGCUCGCAGGCUACCUGCCAGCAAAGCCUAUGAAAUUACCGAACGCCUCCUAAUUAGUCGCGCCUGACUGUUUUUCCGGAAAUGCAAACACAGCCAGUAAAAAUCGAUUUCAUUUCUUUUCCGGAAGCCUAAAAUUGUGUACGCCAUCUUCGGAUAAUAACACGUUUUACCUCGUGUUUACGGCCGUCCACACGAAGACGAAACGGCGCUUAUCCGGCAUUGACUAAACAUAAAAAGUCCAGUUUGAAAUCUGGAGCAAUGUACGCGUGUUUGGAAAGGCGCUUUCCGGGCAUUGAAAAAUUCGUCGGAAACGCGUCCUAGUGUCAGCUGUAGGAUUUAUAAAUGCCCUGUAAAGUGAAGUUUGGGAACGUCAGCGGUAAACAAUUUUACUUAUCAUCGCAAACUCCGUUCAAACUGUCACAGCGCAAAGAUUCCUUUGGAAUUGUGUUUGCGAGCGUUUGCAAACAAGUAGGACUGGUUUUGUUCCAGGAUCCAGAAGUAUACUCUGGGUAGAUUAAUAAUUGCAACAUACGCGUACAGCUGUCGCAUUUGUUUAAAACCGACAAAAAAUUCCAGCAGGCAAAUGCGAAAGCUAUACGCGCGUAUGUUGCGAAGUCAAAACAUCAUUUGUAAUGAGAAAUCGCACAAGUCGCAGGCAUUUACCGGAGAAAGUAGUUCUGGAAAGCAGUUCUCCGUCUGACAAAGAAUAGGAAAUGUUGAUAAGACUUAACGUAGAUGACUUGUCGCAGAUACUGAGUUCAGGGAAUGUUAUUGUGAGAUUUCCGCGAGACAAUCAAACCAAAACUCUGGCGACGAACCUCGCAUGCAAAGACUGGGGUGAAGUGUCUAAUGCGAUAUUACAGCACAUUGAACAAAUUUCGGAUGAAUCAGGGUGAAAUACUCCGUUCGGAGAGCCCUUAAAAAAAUAUGUCAUCUUGAUUGGCAGCUAGCAAUCAGACAUCUGAAGCCGCACCAAUCAGAGCCUCCAUCGAUCUGGUGUACGGGUUCGCCAAACGAGCAAUGGUCGCGAACAGGCGUAUUUUUUACUCCCGAUAACUAGAGGCCUCGCUACCUCGAAGAAACUCAGAAGCACUGAGUUUACUUCAAAACAACCGACUAUUCUUCGCCUUAACUUUUUGUAAGUUCUGAUCAGUUAAAAUACAGAGUCCAAACCUAUAUAUUAACCAAGCUUUAUUGCUAAUACUUCUUUUUUCACUCGAUAUCUCUGUGCCCAGAAAGUGAAGUGUACAUGAUACCAACUUGCAUUCCUUCCACAUCCCAUUUGCUUAUUUCAACAUUUCCGGUCAUUUACUUCGAACUCCCGAAGAAGAGUGCGGGCGACAACGAUCGAAGGUCAAAACGCUUUUGCUCCAUCGCUUUGCAUUGUGUAAGUUUCACGUGACAGAUAGUCAGAACACGCGUGAUCAUUUUACGAGUGAUAGAGGGUCCAAACGCGCAUGAUCAAAUUGUGUUCUGUGCAUUCCAUUCAUUGUUAGCGGAAGUCCAGAGUGAGACAAAUGCUAGCUACAUAUGUGCGACGCAUGCGUAAUAAAAACUGGGCGAUUAGGAUUGUGGGCUCCUCUUGUCGCCUGCAAGAAUAUUUUCAGCGGUAUAAUAUGGGCUUCUUGGUUGUUUACCUUUUACAUCACCAUGUACGACUGAAACGACCUAAAAAGUCGUGUUCUAUUCACUUUUCAGAAUUUUCGGAAAAUUUUUGUAAAUGGUAAACAACCCUUAUAUAGCCAGGUACACCUUAAUUCAAUUUGGACUGAAAUACAUGGCCAUAGAACCGAAAAUGUACCAUGUAUGUAAGGAGAAGAAAGACUCAUAAUGUAAGGUAAAAUGCGUUAAAUUACAGAUCACCCAGUUGACGAACCAAAACAAGAUGAUGUCAUUGCUGACGAGUCACAGGAAAUAGUAUUCUCCCUUCAUCUUACCCAGUCGCAAAGUGACAUGGACAGCCAGGCACCAUUCCCAUCAUCUCUGCCAAUAGAGGAUAACCAAGAGGUAUUUCCUGUUAAGUCUUUUUUAAGCCCAUAGAGAUCAGCAUCUACUUGAAAGAAAUGAACACCAAAGAUAAAAUUCCGUUGAUUACUGAACAAACCUUUACUUUUAACAUAAGAAGUGCUUGAAAAUUGACGUGGAUUGGAGAAUGGUAAUCUUUAGUUAGACCGUAAAGGGAAACUUAACAAAACUGCAAAGUUUUGCUCAGUGAACGAAACCAAAACAAUGUGCAUGCAAGACAAAUUGAACUCUAAAGCUAGUUGACUGUGCAUCUCAUUAUUUUUAGAAGGUUGAUAAAAAUCCAGAAAGUUUCAAGCCAAAAGUACCGUAUUUGCUCGAAUAAGCGCCCGGGCGCGUUCUUAAUCGAGGGCAUCCUCGGAGACCCAGGGGCCGUCAGUCGGGUCGGGAAUAAUGGCGGCGACUCUCUCGUCCGUUAUUGAAGACUUUCGCCGCCGUUUUUCCCGAUCAGACUGACCGCCCUUGGGUCUUCAAAGAUGACUCGAGGGGGGCCUUUCAACGAAUUGUGAUUUUAUUUUAGCUAAAUCGUUUAAAAAUAUCACUAACACCACAACAUUAUCCACGAAAACGUAAAGUCAAUAUUCGGGGUUAAAUGUCUUCCGCUCAUUAAAACAAUGGUUGGUAAUCAAGCAUUAAUAAUAAAUAAUAAUAAUAAUAAUAAUAAUAAUAAUAAUAAUAUACAGUAUUUAUAGAGCACUAAUUCCCAAUGGUCCAAAAGCGCUUUACAUAAUAAAAUUAACAACAAAAUCCUAAACCUACAAAACUACAUUGUCAUUCUAUAAAAUUCCCAAUGGUCCAAAAGCGCUUUACAUAAUAAAAAUAACUACAAAAUCCUAAACCUACAAAACUACAAAACUACAUUGUCAUCCUAUAAAAACAUCAUCAUUCUAUACGACAACAUCAUAACCAAUUUUAAAAAGCCAAGUCUUGAGCUUAGAUUUAAAAGAAGAAAGGGAAUUACAAGAUCUAAGUUCGAAUGAAAGUGCAUUCCAAACAGAAGGUGCAGCAAUAGUAAAGGACCGGCCACCAUAAGUUUUAAGAUUAAAUUUAGAUGUAGAAAGUAAAAAUUGAUUGGAAGAUCUAAGAAGUCUACCAGGCGUAAAAGGCUUGAUGAGAUCAGUGAUAUAGCUAGGUGCAGCACCAUGAAGCGCCUUAAAUGCGAUUACUGCAAUUUUGAAAGUUAUCCUUUGUUCAAUUGGUAGCCAAUGAAGUUGAAUAAGCAACGGCGUAACACGCUCAUAUCUACUAGUAAGGUGAAUAAGCCUAGCAGCACUAUUUAGGACACUCUGUAAACGUUUCAAGAUACAUUUAGGCUGACCGUAGAGCAAUGAGUUACAAUAGUCGAUCCUUACAGUAACAAAGGCGUGAAUUAGAGUUUUACAUGUAUCGUAAGAAAGAAACUUGCGAAUCUUAAAAAGACUUGCAAACAGCAGUAACGUGCGGCAACAUCGAUAGAGAGUUAUUAAAAAUAACCCCAAUAUUUUUAGCAGUAGUUGAACAGUCAACAGUGUCAGAGGCAAUCACCAUUAUACAUUUUACAUUGAUGUAUCGGUGUGCUUAAAUUGGAAUAACCGCUGCGACGAUCAUAUCUUCAUUUAAGUUUGUAUUUCGGCAGUUCACAUCAUCAUUCCAUGUUUCAUUCCUUUCACGGGUGAAGAAGAACACAACAAAUUGGCCUGCUAUGUAUAGGUCUUCAUAGCUCAAUUGGUACCGCACUGCAGCAAUAACGCAGAGGCCAUGGGUUCGAAUCCCGUUGAAGUCCCGAAAUUUUUUUUUUCGGGUUAAUUUGCAAUUGCUUAAAUUGCAAUUGCGACUGCGACGAUCAUAUCUUCAUUUAAAUUUGUAUUUCCGCAGUUCACAUUAUCAUUUUAUGUAUCUUCUAUUUAAGAACUGUUGAUGGAGAAGGGAGGGGCGCUUAUUCGGGGGGGGGGCGAAUGGCCUUGGGGGGGGCGCUUAUUUGCUUAUUAGAGCGUGGGCGCUGAUUUGAGGAAAAACGGUAUUCUUACAACCGUCUUACACUUUCCUGUGCUGUGAGGCAGGCUAAGGUUGUCUGUGCAACUGAAUUAACCUCAAUCUAAUCUACCCUAGUCUUACAUGUAAUGAAGAACAAUUUUUCUGGACAAGUAAUACUUUGACUUGGAAUAUUCCUAAAUUUACUCAGGAUCUAGUGUAAAGAAUAUAUAUCUAUAUUUUUGAUGCUUGUUAUUUAGGAAAAAAGAGUAGUAACUUCAUGUUACAAACUGGACGUAUCAAGAAACACUUAAAUUGAUAAUGGCUAAUUGCACUUGUGUUUACAGUUAUGGCAAUACACGUAAUUAUUUCGUUAUUUUAUAGGAAGUUGCUGUCAUUAAGGUUACAAGUGUUGUCAAUGAUGACAAAUCUGCCGAACAAAUUGAAAAGGAGCAGAUCUCGUCUUUAACAAAACAGGACUCCAAUAGCCAGUCUAUAUUGGCGUCACUGGUUCGUCCCAUAGGUGUGCAAGAGGUGCCAUCAGUGAAAGAUACUCACACAGUGGAAGACAAGGAACAAGCCACAAGGCCCGCACUUCCUCAUGUUUCUUCGCUGCAGGUAGAAGAAAAGGGUGACAAUGAAAUUGAGGUCGUUAGUGGAAACGAUCCCCUUCCCUCCACUGAAGAUGUCGCUCCUGUAGAGCCCGUCUUAGUUGACGACUCAGUGCGAGUUCCUCUUUUAACAAAGGAAGAUACCAUCGAUGUGUCAAGACCAGAGUUGAGUACACCAGAAAAGCCAGUUCCUGCCAGAAAACCAAUAAAGUCCCGACUUCCGGCGACAAUAUUUUCGGAAACUUCAAGCGAUUCUGCGCUAAGCGGUGGCUUUCAUUUCUCUUUACCAAAGGAGCCGCUUAGACCACAAGUUUCCACUACACCACCUCCUAUCAGACCUGCCCAUCACCGCACACCUGACUCAGAGGACAGGGGUAGCAGACGCAGUAUUAUGCCAGACGCAGUACUGCCAGUGGUCUCAGAAACACCUGGCAUGUCUAGUCAAGGUAACCUACCAGUAUAUUGUAAAUGGGUUAAAUUUUUAUCCUCACAAUUGAAAAAGCGAAUAGCCUUGCCUAGAAAAUAGACCGGUCUUCAUUUAAGUGUUGUUAAGCCCCGUGCGAAUCGGAUGCAGCAUUGUUGGAUGUUACACGUUGCGUCCGUUUGCACACCCUGUUACAUGUUGUUUCGUGUUGUUGCGCAAAGUUUGAAACCGGUCAAACUCUUAGCUACGUGCAAAUAGACGCAAAAACUCCCAACAAUGUUGCGUGCAUUUUCACGGGGUUUUUCACCCAAACAGUCGCAAAGCAGUGAUAUGCCAUUGACGCCAAGCGCGGAAAACGCAAGCUUUAUAAGAAGUUAUCUUGGAUUUUGCUUUUACUUUUUGGAUUGGCUGAGUUCUAAAAAGUGACGUGAAAAUUUUUAUUAAAGGUUGACACAUAAUUGCCAAUAUUGAGGCUAGAACUUUUGUGUGGUUACUUUUCAUUGAGAAUAGAAAUUUGAUCUUACAAAGUAAAUAGACCGAUUUCGGAUCUAAAAAGAAAUCUGUUUAGGCAAUAGAAAUCUGUUUAUUGCCCAAAUCGAAAGCAAUCCAAGAUUCACUAAUGAAAAAUAGAAAGUAGUAGCCAGCUUGUUUUUUUGUGUCAUGGUGAUGGACGUCAUUAGAAAGAAAGAGGUUUCGCCCCGUCUACACGAAUCCGGACAUUAUUGAAACCGCAUAUUUUGUUUUCCGGAUUGGUGUGGACAGGCCUCUGAACCACUGUGGAGAGCGGUUUCCAAAAGAUGCAGUUUUGGUGAGCGGAUUCACUUUUUUCAGGUGGGCGGAAGAUUGAUUCGCGUCAAAAAAUAAGCGGGUUUCGUGUGGACGGGGCUUUUAAGGGCCUCUUCAUAUGAGCCCGGUUUCCGAGAUCUCGCCUCACCUCUAAAUCCUUUGUAAAAUUUUCAAUGUGUUCAUAUGAGAGGGCGGGCUGGCUCGGUUCCCGAGAUCUCGGUUUGUCCAACCGAUAUCUCGGAUAUCUGGCUGAAAAUAUUGCCAUAUGAACACUUCAUCCCGGUUACCGGGAUGAAUGGCGAGAUGAAUUCUGGCGGUCCGGAUGGCAUCGUCUUGCAUUGCCUGCUGUAUUUUCCACAUCAUAAGCAUCCCAUUUAACUGCAGUGAUACAGCUUUAAGAGUUACCGAUGGUAAGAAAAGCCCGAAAGUUAAAAUUUUUGUGUUUCGCCAUGUUUGCUUUUUUUCCCGAAUUUGGCGCCAGAACUCGUUCCCAGGAUCUUUGACCUUUUCUCAUCUCGGAAACCGGGCUGAAAUUUCUCAUAUGAACCCAAGGCAAAAUUCAUCCCGGUAACCGAGCCAGCCCGGUCAACCGGGCUCAUGUGAAGACGCCCUAAGUAAGCAAAAAAAGCAACUCUGCACUUGCAGAGUUGUUCAUUAUCAACAAUAGGGAGCUUAAGCAACUACUACGACGACGAUGACGACAACUUCAAAAAACAAUAGGUUUAAUGAUCAAAACAACAGCUCUGCACGUGCAUUACGCUUUUUAGUACGUUUCCUUGACGUCCACUGCACGACUACGACGUGAAACCUCCUAAUUUGACGUUUUAUGGAGGACGUGGACAUGACGACGACGAAUUUUCCUUCCUCUUUUGGAACUUGAAUAAAAUCCUUAAGAAUUCAGCUCCAGGAAAAGUCGCCUACAUUUGGCAUAUUGAGCGGGUCCAAAUAGACGCGAUUAAGUUUGAAAGAACGCAAAUUCAUUUUUUUAGCAACGUUUUCACUGCCGUCGUCGUCGUCUUUGCUUAAGGUCCCUAAUGACGGCGAUGACGACGGCAACGUGGCUUAAAAAGAGAAUUAGGGUGGAUUUCCACUGGCGCGUUUUUCGCUCCGCACGUUAACGCACGUAAAUUUUAAACACGUAAAUAAAAUAGAGGCAAGAUGUAAAAGUGUUGAGAUUAAACGUGAAGUUGAGCGAGGUUGUACAUUACCUAUAUUUUAUUUUCGACCGUAAAUUUACGCACGAACCUACGUAAAAAUUACGCGACAGUGGAAAUCAACCCAUAGCGUUUUUUCAGUCGUCAUCGCCAUUAUUCCCAUUCACUUACUUUGUAAAAUGUAGGUGACAUUUUCAAGUCGUAGUCUUGCAGUGAGGGCGAAGAAAUAUACAAACAAUCGUGAUACACGUGCAAAGUUGUUUUUUUUGUUUGUGUAAGAUUACGUUCACAUGAAUUUUCGACCGCUUGAAAAUUCUUGCGUUUAGGUGUUCCAUUCACACGGAACCAGCCGUUUUUAAAAGUUCCGUGUGAACACAGCGAAAGCAUUCAACGGUCCCGUGUGAACCAAGUGUCUGGUCAAAUUUUGCAGGCGACCGAAAAUUCAUCCCGUGCAGUGUGAACGUAGCCAAAACUUAUCUGUCGUCGUUAUCAUUGGCUUAUUAUUAAUAUCAUUAUUACUGUCAUUAGCAUACCGAGAAAGAAGCACUAUACCAAGUUGUUUCAUAGUCCAGAUCUCAUUCAGUCUUAACAUUUAGAAACUCAAUUUGGUGACCAACAACUUGUCUCCGGUUUCUUAAAAUAGCUCCACCAAGCUCCUUGGUCCAGGCUAGGCCCCAGUCCCUGACGAUCUCAAUGCCUCGUCACGGUUCGCCACUCAGUGAUUCGGAAAAUUCAGAACCAGUAUUUCGUUUCCACACCGCCUUUCCGUCGGUUUCACCGUCACGAGCAAGCUCAUCAAAUGUACAGAUCGACUCCCCCGAACGUCAACGGUCGAUCUUUAGCCGUGCUCGAGAAGCAAUGGCGAAGGGUAAGAAAAGAGAGGAGGUCGUCGAUAAUGACGAUGAUCCGUUUGCAUUUACUGCCGAAGACGAAGAUCCAGGGCCGCUUAGAAAGAGAGCGAGGAGAUCAUCUCCAAGAAGCGAAGGAGAGAAAGAGUUCAUGCAGAGGGGAGAACAAGGUCAGACUCGAGACAUAGAAAGCGCUGUGUGGUCGACCUCUUUCGUUGAGCAUUGUACCACGCGCAGCAAAAGGCAAGAGGAUUCUACAGAGCAAGAUAAUUUGCAUGGAACGUUAAGCGCCAAACGUGGACACCCGGAAGGAAGUAGCGGGUCUUCUGAGAGUGAGGAACCCGAAGAACCUCAAUCCAAGCGAGCACGGAGGGAAGAUGACAGACUGCAUGUAGAGGAGAUGCCAGAAAAGGACUCGUCAGAAGAUGUGCACUAUCGGCAAAUAAUACACACUCGCACUGUUACUACCGUUACGACUCAGGUUCAACGAAUGGUGACUGUGAGUAUAAUCGAUAAAGGGUCGGGUGAAGUCGUGCAAGUUUUGACAUACGAGGAGAAUGAUCGACCGAAGGUAGAAAGCGAGGAGAAGGAAAACGAGGAAGUCAAUGAAUUUGUGGAAUCCUCAAAUGUAGAUGGCUCGCGAACCAUGGUUACUUCAAAAUUACUCAAACAAAAAGACAAAAAACAACAACCUAGAAGUUCUCCAAGAAUAAAGAGUAAGAAAUCUCCUGUUUCUGCGAAGGCUGCCUCUAAACGACCUGGUGAAGCCGAGGCUGCGUCAGCAAAGAGUAGUGACGAUGAAGCGAGGGAAAACAUUGACCAUCCCCAAAGCGCUGAUGAGACGGCGAGUGUAAUCCCUGCGGUCACCAGACAAGAGACAGUGCCGGUUACAGAAGAGGAACCAGCUCUUCAGCGCACUUCAUCAAGUGACUCCUCCUUGACUCCCGGCACCCUAGUAUUAGCAAAGUGGCAUGAUGGCUAUUUUUACCCAGGAGUGGUGUCUACGAAGCAGUACAAAAAUGGACGAUAUCUCGUCACUUUUGACGACGGAAACAAACGGAGGGCACCUCGGGAGAACAUCAUCAGAAAAGACUUGCUUCCUGCAGGGCAAAGGGUAAUGGCUCAAGGCGAAGGCGAUGACGAUUAUUACGAAGAAGGAGUCAUUGUUGGUUAUUACCGAGACGGUGAAGAGCGAGGCUAUGAAAUCCAGACCCGGAGUGGAGCAAUAAGCAGGUUUCCGCGUAGUAAGGUUAUUUUAUCUGAACAGCAAGCUGCCGCCAUUUUAUCUAGUGAGAGUUCAGUAAACGUCACGAGCGGCUCUAGUGUCAGUAUCGGAGCUCACAGCUUGAGAUUAAGGAAAGACGAAAGCACGGGGAGUAGUGAUUUAAGUACGCCCAACGUAACCAGGUCAGGAAGUGCAGCAGGCAAAGAUACUAUGUUAGACACGAGCUCCAAGGACACCAGUAAGAGUUCAAGUGGAGAUAAGAGGCGUGGCAAAAAGCCUUUACCACGUGCCAGUCCGAAAGGAAAAGCUUCAAAGGACAAUGACGUAACGCCCAAGUCUACCCAUAAGUCCGCUAGUCAUAAAGCUAAAGCCCAGCUUAGGCGAGCUGGGCACAGAAUUGGAGUAGAAAGUGACACUAGCUCAGACGAGCAGACUGCCCAAACUGGUAAACGGCGUCAGGUAAGAAGAGGGUUAUCAGCUUCGUAUGCCUCGAAAUCUCCUCUGAAAUCUUCAAGUGACGAACCAGGACCUGUGACACGUAGCUCGCCGCGUAAACAAAUGGUUACAAAUGAGGACGACGACAGGGAGACUGCAAUAAGCCCGUUGCCGACCAACAGGAAUGUCUUCGCUGGGUUUGCAUUCCUUGUAACUGGUAGUUUAAGAGACAGAACUGAACCUGAUGAAUCAGACAGUGAGUCCGAGAGAAUAGAAUUUAAUCGUGACAUCAUUAAGCGCCAGAUUGAGGCUGGGGGCGGCGUCGUCCUCUCCGCAUUUCCUCAAUCCCAGAUCUCUGGAGCAGAAUGCUUCUUAAUUUCUGAUAGACAUCAGCGUACUCAAAAGUAUUUCCAAUCUCUCGCUUCUGGAAUUCCGUGUGUGUCGCAUAUGUGGAUAAAUGACUGCUGCUCAAGCAAUAAGCGUCUGGAUUACAAACGUUAUCUGUUACCUGCUGGUGAGAGUUUGGAAGCAGAGGGAGAAAUCGUGGAAUGUCGUCCUCGCAGAAACAUUCUGGGCAACAUACGGGUGAGUCCAUAAGCAAGGCUCUGUUUUCAUGAGAACUCGCGUGACUUUAGUAUGAGUAUAUUUUCCGAAAAAUCAUCUCAGAAAAUUCUAAACCGUGUAAACAGCACACGUAAAAUCGCACUGAUCUAUAUCUGUUUCACUCGAACACGCACCUCGCUGAGUUUACGGGUAUUCUUACUAAACGAUUUAGUUUGCAGAAUUCUCAACCAAGGCCUCCUCCCUUUUGACGAGUGAAUUUCUGUUUACCCUUGCAGCCCUAGAUCAGGACGAAUAUUCUCCUCACUGAUGGAAAUAAUUUAACAGCUAAGACAUGGAGCCGAAUUAGGGCCGGUUGUUUGAACCGCGGUUCGAGACAAUUUGUAGAUCUCAGAAUCCGUUUUAACAAGUUUUUUUGAGUAGACAAAAUGCUUUUCUAGUUUGGGCUUUAUUUGAACAUGACUUUAAUGGGUAGAAAUUAUAUUGUGGUCGCUGCCUUAGGGCUUUAAGAGUUGACAUGUCUUGCUUUCAUUUUAUCUUAUUAAACAGGUUUUUCUGCACGGAAGCCAGCAGUUCAGGGACACUUGGACCAGUGUGCUUCUCGCGGCUGGAUGUAAGAUGGUAACUAAAAUUCCCAACCGUUUUGAUUACUAUUGUGAUGUCAUCGUAUGCGAGAAUAGCAAACUCCCGGCUAGUGUCAAGCACGCCGCUUCUAUGCUGGGAAUUCCUAUGGUGUCACUAGAGUGGCUCCUUCAGUCGCUUAUAAAUGGACGGCAAGUUGCUUUCGACGGUCACCCUAAGUAUGAUUACCGUUACAAGAGUGCGUGACUGAUUGUACCAAUUGAGAAUGCGUGACCAUGGUUGAAUCCUACAAAUGCGGACUGUGUAUAGUGGUUUAACAAUGCUAGUAUAAUUACUCUAAGCAAUUACAAGGCGAUUUUUCUUGGAUCAGUCAGUGCACAGGAAAGCCUUGUGAAAAAGUCAGGAAUGUUUAUGGUCAUGUUUACCUUCCAUCUGUUUGGUCAAGUAAAUAGCGUGUAGGUAAGUUAUUAAGUUGGUUUAAAUACUAUUAGACUUGUUAAUUAGGUAUGUAGCAAACAGAGUGGUUUUCAAUUUUAUGAAACCCGUAGCAAGGGCACUGAAAUUGGUCAAGAGAACUUAAUGCAAAUACCUGUGGUCAGUUUCAAUCGCGGGAAUUACAGUAAGUUAUGAUAGACCUCUUUAGUGUGUAUGUUUUGUGGUACCACUCAAGACUAGAAAAAAUCGUUUUAUUCGAGUGCAUAUGUACGCAUAAUUUAUGAAAAGACAAGGGUAAAUUCCCCUACGAUCUUCAUUGCUAAAA